GACCGCCGGGAGCGCGGAGGGGGAAGAAGCCGACGCUCGCCGGCGCCCCCUACUCGAAGGCGCGGACGGGCCACUCCCUCCCCCGCCCUCGGGCCGGCGGCGGCGUGCUCGAGGCCGGCGGGUCCCGGGUGCAGGUGCUGGAGGUCCGCGCCCCGGGGGCGUGGCCAGGCAAAUGAGGCUUCUCGCCUUCCAGCUGCCGCCGAGCGCCACAGUCGCCGCCGCCCUCCCACGGUUCGCCGAUGCCGGUGCCGCCGGUGCCGCCGCACCGACCCCGACCCCGUCGGUGGCGGCCGCUGCGGGGCUUGGAGUGCGUGUUGCUGGGCGACGGCGCGGUGGGCAAAACCAGCCUGGCGCUCAGCUACAGCUCCAACGGCUUCCCCGCGCGCUACGUGCCCACGGCCCUCGACCGCUUCUCCGCUGUGGUCCAGGUGGACGGCGCCCCCAUCCGUCUCCAGCUGUGCGACACGGCCGGGCAGGAUGAAUUUGACGCGUUGUGGCAGGCCUGCUGCCCAAAGGCCGAUGUCUGCCUGCUCUGCUUCAGCGUGGUGGCACCCACGUCCUUCCAGAACAUUGUGGACAAGUGGUACCCGGAGGUGCGUCGCCACUGCCCUUCCGCCCCGGUGCUGCUGGUGGGGACCCAGUCAGACCUGCGCCAGGAUGUCAAGAUGCUGAUUGCCCUCUCCCGGCACCAGGAGAAGCCGGUGCCUCCUACGGCCGCCCGGUCUCUGGCCAGGAAGCUGGGCAUGGCCGGCUACGUGGAGUGCUCGGCCCUCACCCAGCAGAAUCUGAAGGAGGUCUUUGACACUGCUAUUGUGUUAGGGCUGCGGGCCGGUGAAGGCCCCAAGGGGCAGAGGGCCCCCCCCAGCUGCAUCUGGGCCCUCUCCAAAGACUGGUGGAACAAGUACGUUUGUGUAUGGUAGUGCUGGGGUCAGCAUCCUCCCUCCCCCCGCCCCAGGGAUGCCGGGAUCCUUCAUGAACUGGAGCAUUGGUCCUGGGUCGGGGGUCCAGAAGCCCAGGGCGAUGCCCCUCCCCAGCCUGCCCUUUGCAGCAAAAGCUUCAAGCUCUUCCUCCUAAGUGCCGAGGGAAGGAUGGAAGAAAUGGCCCUGGGUCCUCCAGGGGCAGAACUAACUGGAGCGCCUGUGGUCAUUGUCAUCCCAAAUGACAGUGCAAAGUUUUGACCAAGGAACUGAUUUUAUUAUAAACAGAAAUGCAUCAUCCAAUGGUAUGAUUUUUAGAAGUGAAAUGACAUGCUUUAAAAAAUAUGGUUAACAAAAUGCCUCAGAGAACAGUG